UCUCCUAGCACUCACCUCAGAUAUGGGACAGCUCAAGCCACAAGUUUUGGUCAUAUGCUGCUUUUUAUUUACAUGUUACGCAGCAGAAAAGUUUAAGACCAGAAGUCUGCGGCAGAAGGAUGGAGAUUACGUGGAGAAAUAUUCCAGCUGCCUUCAGGGUCCAGCAGGACCUCCAGGAAGAGACGGAAAUCCAGGAGUGAAUGGAAUUCCAGGCACUCCGGGCGUCCCGGGCCGUGACGGUGUAAAAGGGGAGAAGGGCGAAUGUGUGACGGAGAGGUUUGAAGAGCCGUGGAAACCCAACUAUAAGCAGUGUGCCUGGAAAUCUCUCAACUAUGGCAUCGACCUGGGCAAAAUAACAGAGUGCACGUUCACUAAACGGCAUGCAGACAGUGCCCUGCGUGUGGUGUUCAUCGGCUCUCUUAGACUGAAGUGUAAAAAAGCUUGUUGUCAGCGCUGGUACUUCACUUUUAAUGGAGCAGAAUGCACAUCACCGCUGGCUAUAGAGUCCAUCAUUUACCUGGACCAGGGCAGUCCAGAGUUCAACUCCACCAUCAACAUCCACCGAACCACAUCAGUUGAAGGUUUAUGUGAAGGUGUGAAGAAAGGCUUGGUGGAUGUUGCCGUCUGGGUGGGUGUCUGUGGCGACUAUCCCCAUGGCGACGCUUCCACCGGAUGGAACUCUGUUUCCCGGGUGAUCAUUGAAGAGCUUCCUCUGAGCAUCUGAGACCCUUGUGUUCUUCAGGGAACAUCACAACUUCUCUACAACAUUAUCUCUGUACUGUUUUACUAAAUAUUUAACUUUAUGGCGAGUUUUGAAAUGUCGAGGAUUUA